GCAACAAAAUGUGGUCUUUCAAACUUCAAUCAAAUGGCUGGAGAUGAGGAGGAGAGUUCACAGCUGAAGAACACUCAUCUUAACGUUAAUGCAUGAUUAGAAAUCUCUUGUUAUGAACAGUUGGAGUUAUUUAUUGUGGAAGGCGUUCAGGAUUUACUUAAACUAAUGUACUUAUUCAUACUCCAGAUGAUACAGAUGCAGUGGUUAAUCAGCAAGUUAUUAACAAAGAACUAAUUACGUUGCCAGAAAAUAUAGCUAACAAGAUGCAAAGUGAAAUGCCAUUACUGAAUGAAUCUAUUGGUCGAAAAUCACCUUCACAAACGAAAGAGAAGUUUGAAAAAUACACAUCGGAUCAUAGAAUUAUGCGUCGGAUCGUAGCUGAAGAUCCUAACUAUAAUUUAACUAUUGUACCACCGUUAGUUGAUUUGUGCUUAAAACAUUGCACAGAAAAUUUUGAAUAUAAUCCAAUACCAUUUAUGUAUAUGAAUGAAAAACAAAAACGUCGAUUAUUAGAUGCUUUACCACCGAAUUUAUCUUUGAAAGUAAUAUCACAUAUUAUUGAUGAUAAUGAUCCAUAUUGGAUACGUUGUUGCUAUGCAAAAUGGCCAAUUAUUGAUAUAAGCCAAUAUGAUGGAUCAUGGAAACGUGCAUAUUUUGAACGUUUAUUAGAAGAAAUUAUUGAAACAUUUAUACCUGGUACAACAUAUACAUCCCGUUUAGAGGAAUGUGUUCAUUAUGCUGCACCAUAUAUUCAACGUCUUAUUAUUCAACAACUUUUACCUCCAUUAAAACAAAAAAAUAAACAAACUAAAUUGGAUGAUGAUUCCGGUACUGAAAGUGAAUUAGAACAAUCUCAGAUACCAUUACAAAUGGAUCAUUUAAAUUUCAGUUUAAUAUUAGAAAAAUUAUUUAAUUUAAAUGAAUUAAGUAUAACUUAUACAAUAAAAGAUUGUGGAAUGAAUUUUGAAUGGUCAUUAUUUCAAUUUACAAUAAAUGAUUGUUUAAAUUUAUCAAAAGCAAUAAAACAGCAUACACAUUUAAAAAUAUUGAAUCUUAUCAAUAGUCAUGUGAAUUCUGAACAAUGUCGUUUAUUAGCAACUCAUUUACAAAAUCAUCCAACUAUAGAAUGUUUAAAUUUAUCCCAUAAUUCAAUUGGUUAUCAUGGUAUACGUGCAUUAAGUAAAUUAUUAACUGGUAAAAAUCAUAUUAAAUCAUUAAAUUUAACAAAUAAUCAUUUAAAGUCAACAAGUGGUUUAGCAUUAGCUUAUGCACUUUCACAAUCAGAUUGUCAUUUAGUACAAUUGAAUUUACGUAUGAAUAAAUUACAAGAUGAUGGAGGUAUUGCUUUAGCAAAAGCAUUAAUUCAAAAUUCUACAUUGAAAGAACUUAAUUUAGCAGUAAAUGAUUUACAUGAAAAUACAGCAACAUAUUUUGGACAUGUACUUACACAGAAUAGUACAUUGACUCAUUUAGAUUUAUCAAAUAAUCAAAUAGGUGUAGUUGGUAGUAAAAAGCUUCAAGAUGGAAUGGAUCAGAAUUCAUCUUUGAUUCAUUUAGAUUUACGUUUCACUGGUAGUAGUCAAGAAGCGGAAUAUGCAAUAAGUCAACGGAUUGAAAUGAAUCAAGCAAUGAAUUAUAAAUUACAACAAGAAAUUUCUGAUACUUAUCAGUGUAUACCAUGUGAAAUUACAAGUGUAGCUCGAAAACAACGAUCAAUUGUACAAGAACUUGGUGAAAUACCUUUCACAUGUUUAAGAAUAUAAGAUAUAAGUUGAGUUACUUGGAUAUUGUACUAUAUCUGGUUUGAUAUAUAUUCAUGUGAACCUAUC